AUGGAAAAAUCGUUGUUGACGUGUGGGCCGCCUAAUCACUAUGAUUUUGUGACUCCUUUUGUUUGGAAGGGUGAUAUUCCGCUUAAAGUCAAAGCUUUCGGGUGGCGUUGUUUCAAGCAUAGGAUUCCUACUAAGGUCUUGUUAAAGAAUCGAGGUAUUUUACCGUCUAAUUCUAAUCUUUUUUGUCCGUUAUGUGAUGAUGGUUUAGAAUCUCCCGUUCAUCUUUUCUUCUCGUGUCAAAAGGCGGAUGAUGUUUGGAAGGAUAUGGCCAAUUGGAUAGGCUUAGUUAAUUAUAAAGAGGUGGAUUUUAAGGAGAGUUUUUGGACUUGGAGAUCUUUUUGUCGAUCGAAGAAAGUUAGUAAAGGUAAGGUGGGAUGUGUGUGGUUGGCAAUUGUUUGGAGUAUUUGGCUUAGUAGGAAUGGUGUGAUUUUCAAGAAUAAACCAUGGAAUUCCCGGGAUGUCGUUUAG